GAAAGGCUGUUGAGCUCACCAAGUAUUCGGGAAGGAUCCCUUGUGCUCAAACUACCCUUUUCUCCUCGCAAUUACGUUUGCAGUUUUAUGGACAGGAUACAAGUUUAAGAAGAGACUCGUCUUCGCAGAGGGGGUAGACAUCGAUUAAGGCAAAGCCAUGCAUCCUGGUGGGCCUGGGAUGGACGACGAGGAAGUGGUGGUAGAUACCGGGGCCAAACACGCCAAACCUCUUCCGCUUGAACGAGAAAUCACUCGUCGUCGUAAUGACAUCUUCGUCGGUGUGCACAUGCCCCUUGAGUCGAAGACUAAAGGCCACAGUACCAAACAGAAAAAAGGGUCGGAAACGGUCGGCAGAGACCCCAAACCUACAACAACACCAAAUGGAUUGGGUCCUACUCAUCAGGCAUUGUAUGACGGUGAAACGGCUGCACAGCGAGUCAAGUUUUUACUCGGUGAGGAGGGCGAGAGGUUGGGUGGGGAGAGUCACGAUCUCUUCUCUGAGCUCGAGGAACUGUUCUAUGAUGAAGAAGGCAAGCUGCUGGAAUGGAAGGAGACAGCCAGAUGGGUGAAAUAUGAAGAGGAUGUGGAUUAUGGAGCCGGGCGUUGGAGUAAGCCCCACGUUGCUACUCUGUCGCUGCAUAGUCUGUUUGAGCUGAAGAGGUUACUUCAUGGUGGGACAGUGCUUUUGGAUAUGAACGCAGACAAUCUUUGGACUAUCUCCGAUCUGGUCAUAGACAACAUGAUUGCAACGGGUCAGUUAGAGGAUGAAAACAGACCGUACGUGAAGGAAGCACUGAUAAGGAAACAUCGUCAUCACUUGCAGAAAAGGUCUAAGGAAGAGAAACAAAUGGAAAAACAAGCUGGGAGAGGAAGGCGAAGGAGCAGUUUGUAUCCCGGAAUCGAUCGAAGUCAAUCAACUGGAGGAAAUCAGAAUAUCAGUAUGGAACAAGCUGCCACUUCUGAGGGUCUCCUAUCAAAGAAACAUAGCUCUGCUUCAAAUCUCGAAAAGAUGCGUCGUAACAACAGCCAAGGGUCAAUUGGAAGACUGGAAACAUCCGAUAGUCUGGAGCAAAUCCAGAAAGAUAGCAAGUUCUUAAAAAAAAUCCCGCCCGGGGCAGAGGCUUCCAAUAUUUUGGUUGGCGAAGUAGACUUCUUGACGAAGCCGAUUGUUGCUUUUGUCCGUUUGGCCAACGGCGUUGUGCUGCCAGACAUGACCGAGGUGCCAAUCCCGUCCAGAUUUCUAUUCUUACUCCUUGGUCCGCCCACAGGAGAUACUGUCAAGUAUCGAGAGAUUGGACGUUGCAUGGCGACCCUCUUCUCCGAUGAGGUGUUCCAUGAUGUAGCCUACAGGGCAAGGGAUCGGAAUGACUUACUUGCUGGAAUCGAUGAAUUCAUGGACCAGGUCACCGUUCUUCCUCCAGGGAGUUGGGAUCCAAGCAUACGCAUUGAGCCGCCGAAGUCUACGCCGUCACAGGAAAAAAGACGCCAGUCAGAACACUUUGUUCACCCUAUACCUCUCAGCAUUCACUUGGAAGACGAUGCUAAAUUUGAACUUGAGCGGACAGGAAGGCUCUUUGGUGGACUGAUAAAUGAUGUGAAGACGAAGCUGCCGUUCUAUGUGAGUGAUUUCACCGACGCACUCAAUAUACAGUGCGUGGCCUCAUUCAUCUUUAUGUACAUUGCUUGCAUCACACCCAUCAUCACGUUCGGUGGGCUGCUUGGAGGAGCAACUAAUGACUACAUCGCAGCAUUUGAGAGUUUGAUUGGCGGAGCUAUUUGCGGUGUCAUUUACCAUCUCUUCUCUGGCCAGCCAUUAACCAUUAUUGGAAGCACCGGACCUAUUUUGAUAUUUGAGACAAUCAUGUUCCAGCUGUGCACAUCGUUAGGAUUGAACUAUUUGUCCUUCCGAGUGUGGAUUGGGUUCUGGACCUGUAUCAUCUGCAUCAUCUUGGUAGCGACCGACUUCAGCGCCUAUGUGCGCUACAUCACUCGUUUCACGGAGGAGGCGUUCGCUGCGCUGAUAGCGUUUAUCUUCAUCGUGGAAGCCAUCGAGAAUCUGAUCGAGAUAAGCCACGAAUACCCGCUCCAAACUCACCCUGGCUCCCAUCAUGUAAUUAUGAACGACACAGACUCUGACUGCAUGUGUAUCCCGCCUAAUGAUACUUCUUUUGAUUUACUGGCCUCGGACUGGGCUGAUGUUCCCAUGGAAGAUUGCGAAAGCUUAAACGGCACUAUCGUAGGGGAUUCGUGUGAUCACCACCACCCUGUGCCUGAUGUGUUCUUGUUCUGCGUCAUUCUCUUCUGUGGCACGUUUGUCUUGUCUUACGCGCUGAAGACCUUCAAGUUCACCACUUUCUUCCCGACUCGGAUACGGUACCUCAUCAGUAACUUUGGAGUGUUCUUUGCUUUCAUCUCCAUGACCUUGUUUGACAUCCUUGUAGGACUCCCGACGCCUAAAUUGACCGUCCCAAACCAGUUUCAGCCCACUCGAGAUGACCGAGGUUGGAUAGUUCCAUUGUUCGUCAAUCCCUGGUGGACGUAUUUUGCUGCCAUCAUUCCAGCACUCCUGUGUGGAAUCCUGAUAUUUAUGGAUCAACAGAUCACUGCAGUCAUUGUAAACAGACGCGAAAAUAAACUCAAGAAAGGCUUCGGCUACCACUUGGACUUGUUCGUCGUCGGUUUGCUACUUUUCCUGAUGUCAAUCUUGGGAAUGCCGUGGUUUGUGGCCGCAACUGUGCUAUCUAUCAACCAUGUAGACAGCCUGCGUGUCAUGUCAAAAACUGUUAUCCCUGGCGAACCGCCAAAAGUUGAAGGCUGUCUGGAACAGCGUGUAACUGGAUUACUGGUCUUCAUUAUGAUGGGUGUGUCAAGUCUGAUGACAGGAAUACUCAGGUUUAUUCCGAUGCCAGUGCUAUAUGGAGUGUUCCUUUACAUGGGAAUUUCUUCGUUACGAGGAGUGCAGUUUGUCGAUCGGUUGCUUCUGUACCUAAUGCCUGCCAAACACCAACCAGACCACAUUUACCUCCGGCAUGUGAAGCUAUGGAAGGUUCACCUGUUCACUGCCAUCCAGGCAAUAUGCCUAGCUAUUCUUUGGAUCAUCAAAACGUCCAAAGGUGCUAUCGUCUUUCCAAUCAUGGUGCUGGCUAUUGUGAUCGUUCGAAAAGGCCUGGAUUACAUCUUUACUCAAGCCGAGCUGAGUUUUCUAGAUGAUGUCAUACCAGAGAGCCAGAAGACACAAAAGGAAAAUGAGGAUAAGAAAAUGAAGGAGGAAAUUGAGGAGGAAACGAGAGCCCGGUCUGGUACCCUUACAGUAGCCCUUGAAAGUGGCCAAAUGCUCAGCAUUCCUGCCGGCAGAGUGACCUUUAGUCUUGCGGGCAGAGACCAGGAAGAAGAAGCUAUCCUGAGAGAGCCUGGCAUGGGAACGGCGCAGGCGUUGCGCAACCUGUCAGGUAGUUCACAGCCGCGCAGCAGACUCAGAGCACCAAGCAACCUGUCGGCAGGCGGAGAGGAUAAAGGACACGAUACCCAUAUUGAUAUUCCACCAGAGAAGGGCGGAUAUGGAACACCUGAUCAUCACGAACUAGACACGCGCUUUUGAAAGUUUUAAAUUCUUUUUCAGUAUUGAAUUUAAACAGGUGAUAGAUACAUGAGGAAUUAAAAGUCCAGUUCCUACAAAGACUUACGUGUAUGUUAUUUUCGUUAUAAGCGUUAAACCUAUCUCAACUCAGUCAUUGCUUGUAGUUGUAGAGACGUGAUAUAACUAAGCUUAUUAAGAAAAUGCUCAGUGUGACAUGAGUUUUGGAUUUCUAAGAAUGAUAUAAUUAUUUUGGAGGUAUUAAUUUCAAGUAUGAAAAAUUCCUUUCCUUGAGACAAUAUGCUGCCAGGGUAGUUCUGUACUGCGUAAGCGAGCAGUUUGAAACUUUCAGGGAAGGCAAUGCCUCGCUUUUUGGAUAAGUUCAAGAUUGCCCCAAAACCCUGAAAAGUUCAUUUUGGAGGGUUGAGGACUAUUGCUUGAACAGGUGUUUUGUUGAAAUGGACGGCAAAGUCUUUGUGAGUAAAAAAGGUUGUGAAAUUAAGGUUAGUUCUAAGAGGAUCACAAUAAAGGCUAACAAUAAUUUAGGUCAAAUGUAUGCCGUUUUCAUGCUGCUGAAACUUGCUGAGCAAGUUGUUACGCAAAUCUGAUAAGCAUAAUUUAGGCCCUCGAACUUGUCAAGAUUGAAGUCUUCAACUAAAGAGUACAUAAAUAACAAUGACAAUGAACUUUACAGGUAAAGAUUAUGUUUCUUCUACAAAACAGUGUUCAAUAUUUCAUCUUUUCUCAUCACUGAAAAAUUACGAAUGAGAUGGUAUUUUUCUACUGAUAAUUAAGUUGUUAAGAGUUACAUUUGAAUUCCGUAUGAUCUGAGCCAUCAACCGAUUCCCCAAGACCAACGCCAAGUGAAGGCGCUCUUGUUCUUUUUUAUUUCAACUAUACGGUAGUUCUUCAUCAUUUAUAGUUUAACACAUUUUUAAUGGAGUAAUAAGGCAUUAUUUUAAGUAUGACCUAUGUAUCUAAGUGUUAACUUGAAAGGUCGAAAGAUGCAUGAAAAGUUCAGUCGACUUUUAAAAGACUUUCUGAAAGAUGCAUGUUCAGGUAUUUUUAGAUUCAACCUAAUUAUGUUAAAAAAAUAUGAAAUGAAUGUUUCAGCACAGGGCAUGCAAUGAAAGUUAUUCCCAAGUUAAUAAAUUCAGAUUAAUACUGGUAACUAAACUUAUUCUAGGCUAUCUAUCUUUCGGGUAUAGUUUCAGCCUUUGAAGCGUACUACAAAACUGACUUUUGCCAAGCUUAUGUUAAAAUCUCCCAAACAGUUUUUAUGUAAUAAGUAGCUUGAUAAUCGUCAAGUGCAAUCCUAUUAUUUUGAUUUACGUUAUUUGAAAAAGAAUAUAUUUGAAUGUUCUUUUUCACAUAAUGAAAAGGCCUUUUAAUAUAACAGUGAUUUCUGAAUGACGUAAUAACAGGUUUUUGGUAUUCCAGGUCUUCAAAAAGAGAAUCGUUUAAUAAGAGAGGUAAUAAAAUUAUUUUUAAAAGUCUACAAUUUUUGCUUUUUGUUCAGAGAAGCAGUUUGGAUAGGUUUCAAGAGAUGAGUGUCGGCCUUGAAAAGGGGCUCUCAUGAUCAUAUGGAGCUUUAACAGAACCUUUGUAGGACAUCUUUAGAUAAUUUCAGUAUGUUCAGAGAGAGCGUUUGGGAACAGAUGGGUUUGGUACUUCUGACCAAACUAAAAUUGAAGCCACAAGAACAUCUUUACGCUCCCUUUGUCAGACGAGGUACGUGUGAUAAAUGGUCUUGGAUCAAGAUGUUGCUGAAGGUUCGUGACAACUUUAACUGUCACCGUAACAGUGUUCGAUAUUUCGAAAUGCGGUUAAAAAUAUAAACGCUGUCGCACCAACGUCUUCAUUGGUGUCAAUAUGACAGUCCGUAACAAGGGCAUUUCAAGGCGCACCUGCUACUACAGGGAAAGUCCGCACACUCUUGAUCCAGCUCAGUGCUCACAACGAAAAAACAAGGAAAAUGGCUAGACUAGCUUCAGAGAACGGGUUUUGUGCAUUGGGGUUGAUGUACUCAUCGAUGCUACACAAGAAAAUUGUACAUUUACAAAGCUUGGUCACUGUUUCUGUUGUAAUACAAACCUAGAGUUGUAACGAGUCACUGAUUUUUGUGACUCGAGUUGAGACAAGAAGUCAUUGUUAAGUAGUGACUCGAGUCGAGUCAUGAGGCAAAAAAAGUUGAGUCGAGCCGGGUCAAGUAUUUAGCUCGAGUCAAUGAUAAUGUCGGGGUUUACAUGCAGUCACAUCAUAUCUUACUCUUUCUGAUAACACAUUAAAAUAUUAAACAGG